ACCUUAAGUGAUACCUAAACAGAAGUCAACACAACAAUGGCCUUUUGUUUUCAUUGAUUUUCGAUGUAACAUUACUUUUUCAAAGAGAAAGGGGCUUUUUCCUUUCAUUUCCGAAUUAUGUGACAUCAGUUGAAGUAAGAGUCAUUCAUUUCGGCGAAUGUUUGUCAGAUGUGCAGCCCAACUGUCUUUCAAUAAUUACAAAAGAAUUAAAUGAGGUGAUUUGUUGGCCAACGUGCAAAGGUUCUCUGUGCUGAGUGGAGUGGGAAUGGUAGUUCAAUGCAUAACCUAUAAGUUGUGGUGGGCCAAUCUCAACAGUAGUUGAAUAAUAAAGAUCCAAAGAUCUGCGAGAAAUUGUCACCAUUGAACAGCUCCAUGCAGCUACAGAAUUAAAUGGAUGAAGACAACAAAAAAAUGAGGGGACGCACCCGUGGACGAGGCCGGGGUCGGACCAGAGGGAAAGUUAGGGGUCGUGCGAGAAAAACUGUCAAGAUAAUCGAGAGUGAUGAAGAAGAGAACGUUGAACAACACGAAGAGAGUCAAAUAGACAGUGGUGACACUUCUACCCUAAAAUGCAGUUCAGAAGACGUGCAACAGACCCCUACCGAGCACCAAUUCGACUUAGAAGCAGAUAUUUCGCAAUUGGAAGCUCCCACUUUUACGACAAUUAAUCGAGGACCUCCAGAGCCGAUGCUGAGACUUCGCUGGGAUCAUCGAGUCAAUCUCAUUGGCGAAAAGGUUCUCAACCCGAUGAUUCACUGCUGCGACAAGUGCCUGAAACCGAUCCUGAUUUAUGGAAGAAUGAUUCCAUGCAAACAUGUUUUUUGUUUAUCUUGUGGUAAACGAGAGGACAAAAUAUGUCCUAGGUGCGUGGAAAAAGUAUCUAGAGUAGAACAAACAGGUCUUGGUACUGUUUUCAUGUGCACUCAUGGUGGAACGCGUUAUGGAAACGCUGGAUGUCGAAGAACAUAUCUGAGUCAACGAGAUUUACAGGCUCACAUCAAUCACCGGCACGUAUCAGCCCCACCUCAGACCGGCCCAAAUAUCCCAGUUGAGCCCAUACCCCAAUAUUCUCACUCUAAAAUGGACCUCGAGUCUCCAAUUGGGAAAGUCCCAUCAGGAUCAAUGGCACCCAGAGGGAAACAAAUUCAGUCACACAUUGCUCAACCCAUGAUGGGAAAUGAUCCAAGAGUCAAUUCAAUGAUCAGUCAACCAACGGGCGAACCGAGGCAGCAGCACCGGUCCCAGAUGUCGACAUUACAGAACUACAAUCAGAAUUCAGGCUCUACAAACCAAACGAUGAGGACUAAUUUGAUAACUGUGCCCAUUCAAGACACAUCGAUAACACAUGACAUUCAUCCUCCCCAAACUCAUCACUAUUAUCAGACGUCCCAAAUGAAUUAUGGAUACAAUGUGCCACCUCCAGUGUCACAGAAUCAAAAUUAUUUUCCCAAUCCUCAGCACUCUGGUCAGGUUUCUUAUACAGGACAGCAACAGCAGCAGUACAUUUCGUCUGUCACGAACAUGCGCCCGUCACCCAAUGGUUAUGUACAAGAUACACCAUAUAAUCAACAACAAGCAGCUCCUCCACAGUGGCCACAACAUCAACAGCAAUUUUAUAGAUGAACUAGGAAAUAUUGACCCCAUUGAACUCUGGAAAUAAUUUCUACAUUCUGUGUGAAUGUUUUUUUUCUAUUUUUGAACUUGUUUGUUCAUUUCAAUCCUAUGAUAAAGAAGUUAAGUAAACAAAUUCGAAGUUUU